GUGUAACAACUAAUGUUACAGCAACUGCUGAGCCAACAACGAGAAUGACACCAGCGACAUCGUCUGCAACUGUGACAGCUAAUAUUACAACAAGUGCUGAACCAACAGCAACAAUGAUACCAGCAACAUCAUCUGCUACUGUGAAAACUAAUGUUACAACAAUGACACCAGCAACAUCGCAUACAAGUUUGACAACUAAUAUUACAAAAAGUGCUGAACGAAGAACAACAAUGACAGCAGCGACAUCAUCUGCCACUGUGACAACUAAUGUUGCAAUAAGUGCUGAGGCAACAACGACAAUGACACCGACAUCGUCUGCAAGUGUAACAACUAAGGUUACAACAAGUUCUGAACCAAAAGCGACAAUGACACCAGCAGCAUCGCCUACAAGUGUGCCAGCCUAUGUUACAACAAGUGCCAAACCAAUAACAACAACAACAACAACAACAGUGACAUUGCCUACAGGUGUGACAACUAAUGUUACACCAACUGCUGAACCAGCAACAACAAUGACAGCAGCGACAUCUCCUACAAGUGUGAAAACUAAUGUUACAACACGUGCUGAACCAACAACAUCAAUGACACCAGCGGCAUCGCCUACAAGUGUGACAACCUAUGUUACAACAACUGCCAAACCAACAACAACAACAACUCUAGCGGCAUCGCCUACAAGUGUGACAACUACUGUUAAAACAACUGCUGAACCAGCAACAACAAUGACACCAGCAACAUCUCCUACAAGUGUAACAACUAAUUUUCCAACAAAUUCUGAAGCAACAGCGACAAUGAAAACAGGGGCAUCGUCUAGAAGUGUAACAACUAAUUUUUCAACAAAUGCUGGAGCAACAGCGACAAUGAAAACAGCGGCAUCGUCUGGGAAUGUAACAACUAAUGUUACACCAACUGCUGAGCCAGCAACGAAAAUGACACCAGCGACAUCGUCUGCAAGUGUGACAGCUAAUGUUACAACAAGUUCUGAACCAACACCAACAAUGAUACCAGCGACAUCGUCUAGAAGUGUAACAACUAAUGUUACAGCAACUGCUGAGCCAACAACGACAAUGACACCAGCAACAUCGCCUACCAGUGUGACAACUAAUGUUACAAUAAGUGCUGAACGAAGAACAACAAUUACUCCAGCGACAUCAUCUACAAGUGUGGCAACUAAUGUUACAACAAGUGAUGAACCAACAACAGCAAUGACACUAGCGACAUCGUCUACAAGUGUGACAACUAAUGUUACAAGAGCUGCUGAACCAACAACAACAGUGACACCAGCGAAAUCGUCUACUAGUGGGACAACUAGUGUUACAACAACUCCUGAACCAACAACGAGAAUAACACAAGCAGCAUCGCCUACAAGUGUGACAACUAAUGUUACAACAAGUGCUAAACCAACAAGGACAAUGACACCAGCAACAUUGGCUACAAGUGUGACAACUAAUGUUACAACAAGUGCUAAACCAACAAGGACAAUGACACCAGCAACAUUGGUUACAAGUGUGACAAAUGAUGUUACACUAAGUGAUGAACCAACAGCAACAAUGACAUCAGCGACAUCGCCUGCAAGUGUGACAACUAAUGUUACUACAAGUGCUCAACCAACAAGGACAGUGACACCAGCAACAUUGACUGCAAGUGUAACAACUAAUGUUACAACAAGUGCUCAACCAACAGCGAUAAUGACACCAGCAGCAUCAUCUUCCACUGUGACAACUAAUGUUACGACAGAUGCUGAACCAAAAACAACAAGGACACCACCGACAUCGUCUACAAGUAUGAGAACUAAUGUUAAAACAAGUGCUGAACCAACAACAACAAUGACACAAGCGACAUCAUCUACAAGUGAAACAACUAAUGUUACAACAAGUGAUGAACCAACAACAACAAUGACAUCAGCGACAUCGCCUGCAAGUGGGAUAACAAAUGUUAAAACAAGUGCUGAACCAACAGCGACAAGGACACCAGCAACAUCGUCUGGAAGUGUGAUAACUAAUGUUAAAAGAAGUGCUGAACCAACAACAACAGUAAAACCACCGGCAUCGCCUACAAGUGUGACAACUAAUGUUAAAACAACUGCUGAACCAACAACAAUGACACCGAAGACAUCGGCUACUAGUGUGACAACUAAUGUUGCAACAAGUUGUGAACCAACAACGACAAUGACACCAGCAACAUCGUCUACAAGUGUGACAACUAAUGUUAAAAGAAGUGCUGAACCAACAACAACAACAACACUAGCGACAUCUCCUACAAGUGUGACAACUAAUGUUGCAACAAGUGCUGAACCAACAAGGACAAUGACACCAGCGACAUUGGCUAUUAGUGUAACAACUAAUGUUACAACAAAUGCUCAACCAACAGCGAGAAUGACACCAGCAGCAUCAUCUACCACUGUGACAACUAAUGUUACAACAAAUACUGAACCAAAAACAACAAUGACACCAGCGACAUCGCCUAGAAGUGUGACAACGAAGUUUACAACAAAUGCUGAACCAACAACUAAAAUGAGAAAAGAAACAUCGUCUACAAGUGCGACAACUAGCGUUAAAACAAGUGAUGAACCAAAAGCGACAAUAACACUAGCAAGAUCGUCUACAAGUGUGACAACUAAUGCCACAACAAGUGAUAAAACAAAAGCGACAAUGACAUCAUCAACAUCGUUUACCGCUGUGACAACUAACGUUAAAACAAGUGCUGCGGCAACAACAACAAUGACAACACCAACAUCGUCUACCAGCGGGACAACUAAUAUUACGACAUAUGAUGAACCAACAGCGACAAUGCAAGCAGCAAGAUCUUCUCUAGAUGUGACACGUGGUGUUGCAACAAGUGAUAAGCCAACAACGACAGUGAUGCUAAAAACGCCAUCUUUUAUAAGUGUGAUAUUUAAGGCGACCUUUUUAAGUGAUUCACUGACAACAACUACUGAAACCUCUUUAAGUAUUGAGCCAACCGGGGCAAUGACACCAACAAGGUCUUUCUUUGUAAGUGACAUGUCUGAGGUUGCUAGAAGUGAUUCAGUAACGAGGACAGUAGUAACAUCAGUGGCUCUCUCUUUGACUCAAAGAAAUGAGGCUACGAGGAGUGAAGCCGGAACGACAACAUUGGAUGUACCAAAAUCGACAGAGAAGUCGAUAUCGUCUCCUACAAGUGCAAUAUCUGAUGCCGCAACCAAUUAUGCAACAACAACUCCAGGAACAACCGCAGUGGUACUAGGAUUUCGUUCCUCUUCGGACGUAUUUAGAAGUGCGACUCCGAAGACACUAACACGAACAUCUUCUUACCUUUUGGUCUUUUCAACGUCCCUGAAAUUCUCUCCUAUGAAGACUUGGACUGUUGGGACAACUACAAGUACACCGUCCUCAUCGUCUUGUUCAAAGGGGUAUAUUGGAGUAGAUUGCACAGAGAAACCACCUCCAAAAAAGUAUAAAAGCACAGUUAAAGUGCAGGCGAGCUAUCGACCAUCUUACAGUAACCUGGAUUCAUCUGAAUCCCGCGUCUUUGUUACGAAUUUUUCUGACACGGUUGAAUCUUUCUUCCGUGAUGCCCGACUGCCCGGGUUCCGAAGUAUUCAGGUGACAAGGCUAUCAAAUGGAAGUGUGGUGGUGGAGUUUAUCAUUCUAGUAGAGCACAAUUCCAAUACGACAAAGGAUGCCAUAGUUACCGCUCUGAUAGAUGGGAACAGCACAGGAACUCUUGGAGUGGUGUUAAUUGGGAAUAUCAACAUAGAGGAAAUUAUAGAGUUGUCUACUACAGACAUUCCAGCUACGAGAGCUGUAGAAAAAGAAUCUGAUCAACUCGAGAAAUGGAUCAUCGUGACGAUAUUAGCUGGAGCAGUUGUCACCGUUCUCAUUCUGAUAAUUGUCAUUUUAGCUUUAAAAUACAGACGUGUUGUCAGAGCAAACAACGACGAGCUCAAACUGAGGAAUGGAAAUUGGAAAUUCAUGAAAGAUAAUCAAGGCACUAUGCGAGCUACCGCUUGCAAGCUGCCCUGGGAUUAUAUUCGUUUCACAGUUUUCAUUUGCCUACUUUGGCGGUGGGGGUGGGGGGUGGGGGAAAGGGGUGUGGGGGNAACAGCAACAAUGACAUCAGCGACAUCGCCUGCAAGUGUGACAACUAAUGUUACUACAAGUGCUCAACCAACAAGGACAGUGACACCAGCAACAUUGACUGCAAGUGUAACAACUAAUGUUACAACAAGUGCUCAACCAACAGCGAUAAUGACACCAGCAGCAUCAUCUUCCACUGUGACAACUAAUGUUACGACAGAUGCUGAACCAAAAACAACAAGGACACCACCGACAUCGUCUACAAGUAUGAGAACUAAUGUUAAAACAAGUGCUGAACCAACAACAACAAUGACACAAGCGACAUCAUCUACAAGUGAAACAACUAAUGUUACAACAAGUGAUGAACCAACAACAACAAUGACAUCAGCGACAUCGCCUGCAAGUGGGAUAACUAAUAUUAAAACAAGUGCUGAACCAACAGCGACAAGGACACCAGCAACAUCGUCUGGAAGUGUGACAACUAAUAUUAAAAGAAGUGCUGAACCAACAACAACAAUGAGACCACCGGCAUCGCCUACAAGUGUGACAACUAAUGUUAAAACAACUGCUGAACCAACAACAACAACAACAACAAUGACACCGGCGACAUCGGCUACUAGUGUGACAACUAAUGUUGCAACAAGUUGUGAACCAACAACGACAAUGGCACCAGCAACAUCGUCUACAAGUGUGACAACUAAUGUUAAAAGAAGUGCUGAACCAACAACAACAACAACACUAGCGACAUCUCCUACAAGUGUGACAACUAAUGUUGCAACAAGUGCUGAACCAACAAGGACAAUGACACCAGCGACAUUGGCUAUUAGUGUAACAACUAAUGUUACAACAAAUGCUCAACCAACAGCGAGAAUGACACCAGCAGCAUCAUCUACCACUGUGACAACUAAUGUUACAACAAAUACUGAACCAAAAACAACAAUGACACCAGCGACAUCGCCUAGAAGUGUGACAACGAAGUUUACAACAAAUGCUGAACCAACAACUAAAAUGAGAAAAGAAACAUCGUCUACAAGUGCGACAACUAGCGUUAAAACAAGUGAUGAACCAAAAGCGACAAUAACACUAGCAAGAUCGUCUACAAGUGUGACAACUAAUGCCACAACAAGUGAUAAAACAAAAGCGACAAUGACAUCAUCAACAUCGUUUACCGCUGUGACAACUAACGUUAAAACAAGUGCUGCGGCAACAACAACAAUGACAACACCAACAUCGUCUACCAGCGGGACAACUAAUAUUACGACAUAUGAUGAACCAACAGCGACAAUGCAAGCAGCAAGAUCUUCUCUAGAUGUGACACGUGGUGUUGCAACAAGUGAUAAGCCAACAACGACAGUGAUGCUAAAAACGCCAUCUUUUAUAAGUGUGAUAUUUAAGGCGACCUUUUUAAGUGAUUCACUGACAACAACUACUGAAACCUCUUUAAGUAUUGAGCCAACCGGGGCAAUGACACCAACAAGGUCUUUCUUUGUAAGUGACAUGUCUGAGGUUGCUAGAAGUGAUUCAGUAACGAGGACAGUAGUAACAUCAGUGGCUCUCUCUUUGACUCAAAGAAAUGAGGCUACGAGGAGUGAAGCCGGAACGACAACAUUGGAUGUACCAAAAUCGACAGAGAAGUCGAUAUCGUCUCCUACAAGUGCAAUAUCUGAUGCCGCAACCAAUUAUGCAACAACAACUCCAGGAACAACCGCAGUGGUACUAGGAUUUCGUUCCUCUUCGGACGUAUUUAGAAGUGCGACUCCGAAGACACUAACACGAACAUCUUCUUACCUUUUGGUCUUUUCAACGUCCCUGAAAUUCUCUCCUAUGAAGACUUGGACUGUUGGGACAACUACAAGUACACCGUCCUCAUCGUCUUGUUCAAAGGGGUAUAUUGGAGUAGAUUGCACAGAGAAACCACCUCCAAAAAAGUAUAAAAGCACAGUUAAAGUGCAGGCGAGCUAUCGACCAUCUUACAGUAACCUGGAUUCAUCUGAAUCCCGCGUCUUUGUUACGAAUUUUUCUGACACGGUUGAAUCUUUCUUCCGUGAUGCCCGACUGCCCGGGUUCCGAAGUAUUCAGGUGACAAGGCUAUCAAAUGGAAGUGUGGUGGUGGAGUUUAUCAUUCUAGUAGAGCACAAUUCCAAUACGACAAAGGAUGCCAUAGUUACCGCUCUGAUAGAUGGGAACAGCACAGGAACUCUUGGAGUGGUGUUAAUUGGGAAUAUCAACAUAGAGGAAAUUAUAGAGUUGUCUACUACAGACAUUCCAGCUACGAGAGCUGUAGAAAAAGAAUCUGAUCAACUCGAGAAAUGGAUCAUCGUGACGAUAUUAGCUGGAGCAGUUGUCACCGUUCUCAUUCUGAUAAUUGUCAUUUUAGCUUUAAAAUACAGACGUGUUGUCAGAGCAAACAACGACGAGCUCAAACUGAGGAAUGGAAAUUGGAAAUUCAUGAAAGAUAAUCAAGGCACUAUGCGAGCUACCGCUUGCAAGCUGGAGCUACAGAUGUCACUGGCACAGCUAAAUCAUUGUAACAAUAAUAAAUAAAUAAAUGCGUCGGUCUGUGAAACUGACAGUAAUGGUCCGACGAGAUACAAGAUGGAAAAUACAGAAGGAGAACUUAGCGUUUCUGGACACAAACUAAUUAGCGCCUUCUAAUUGCUCAGUAGGAUUAGGUAUUCACCACGAUUGGUCUGUCGGCAGCAACCUCGUUCCCAGGGUCUCUCUUCUUCCAGGGGGCGGAAAGAAGAGAGACCCUGGGAACGAGGUUUACAACAGCCCUCCUCCCUAGCAACAUGUCUUUCCUAAUAGCUCGUUUAGGAGGGAACUAAGAGCUCGAUUGACUCGAAGCUUGCAGACGUUUCUUACUCCUUGUUUAAAAAUAGUACCUAAUUAAAGGUCUUGAUAGUUUUAUCAAAUUCUCGUUUAAGGAAUGAAACCUUCUUUUCUAUCUCUUUAUACUUAAUAAUAAUUGUCGUAAUUUUUCUAGUAGAGAAUUAAACCCGAGCCGCAAGAUAUGAAAAAGGAACCCUCAGGAAUCUGUGGCUAUUUUAUACUGUAUUAAUAUAAUACUUAUAAAUUUUAAUAUCUCUUUCAAGGGCCUAUUAUGCGCCAAAUAUUUUGCCGUUAAAGCGUCUUUCUAGUCAUUUUCAAAUAGUUAGAAACUCGAAAGAAACAAUUUGCGAAAUUUGUAGAAAAAUCCUAUUCGUUGGGGAGUUGUAUAAUCGUUUUCUAAUAGUUUUGGAAAGAGUACUUAUUUUUUCUAAGCUCACAUAAAAUAUGCACCUAGGGUAAUUUUUUAGAAUGCCUGAAUAAAACUAAUUUUUUGCAUUAGUGAAAACUUUGAAGCCC